ACCAUCCGCAUCCUGCUGUGGACCUUCGUCCAGUCCUUUAAGGCUCUGCCAUAUGUGUGCCUGCUCAUCGCCAUGCUCUUCUUCAUCUAUGCCAUCAUCGGCAUGCAGUUGUUUGGGAAUUUGGCACUGGACGACGAGGGUGGGGCCAUCAACGAGCACAAUAACUUCAGAACCUUCAUCAUGGCCCUGAUGCUGCUGUUCAGGAGCGCUACGGGCGAGGCGUGGCAUGACAUCAUGUUGGCGUGCCUCGGCAGUAAGGUGUGCGACCCGGAGACAGGGAACAAAGAGCCCGAGUGUGGAAGCACCUUCGCCUACACCUACUUCGUCUCCUUCAUCUUCCUCUGCUCUUUCCUCAUGCUGAAUCUGUUCGUGGCUGUCAUCAUGGACAACUUUGAGUAUCUGACCAGAGACUCCUCUAUCCUGGGGCCGCACCACCUGGACGAGUAUGUAAGGAUAUGGGCCGAGUACGACCCUGCCGCCUGCGGGCGCAUACAUUAUAAGGAUAUGUACAGUUUAUUGAGAGUUAUCUCCCCUCCCCUGGGCCUUGGCAAGAAAUGCCCACAUAGGGUGGCCUGCAAGAGGCUGCUGCGCAUGGAUCUGCCGGUUGCAGGUGACAACACGGUGCAUUUUAACUCCACCCUCAUGGCUCUGAUCAGGACAGCACUGGAUAUAAAGAUUGCCAAGGGCGGUGCAGACAAACACCAGAUGGAUGCUGAGCUGAGAAAGGAGAUGAUGGCUAUUUGGCCAAACUUGUCGCAGAAGACACUGGACUUGCUGGUUACACCGCACAAGGCAGCCACAGACUUGACGGUCGGCAAAAUCUACGCCGCCAUGAUGAUCAUGGAGUACUACCGGCAGAGCAAGACGAAAAAGCUGCAGGCCCUGCGAGAGGAACAGAACCGAACGCCAUUAAUGUUUCAGCGCAUGGAGCCGCCCUCUGAGGGCACAGAGGGCCAGGGGGUCAGGGUCCCAACGGCCUCCCCAUCACCCAACCAGACAACCACACCAUCAUACCUCCCGAGGAAGGCAUGACUGAGAGCCCCGACCGCCCCUACCCCGACGAUCUGCACGACAACCGUCACAACCCGCAGACGGUAGAAAUGAGGGAGAUGGGGCGGGACGGGUACUCCGACACUGAGCCCUAUCACCCAAUGGAUGGGCACGGGCGGACCCUCUCCAUGCCCCGCCUCUCGGCAGACAACCAAAGAGCUCAUGCU